AUGACCCGGCUGAUGUUGGGCCGAACUCUGGAGCGCAUCUGUAAAGGCGUCCUGCUGCUCUGCCUGCUCCACUUCCUCAUCAUGAUGAUCCUGUACUUCGACGUCUACUCGCAGCGCUUCGACCUCUUCAGCCGCUUCAACAACGGACGCAACGGAUCCAGGAAUAACGUGAGCGGAGCAGGCGGUGGGCACCACUUCUACUACUACAACCUCUCCAGGCCCAACACCACGCUAGCCAGCUACCUGGCCACAGGUGACCAGCUGGUGCCCAGCAUGCAGCCCGAGAGCAACCAGACGCCUUCUCCCAAACCGCUGCCGCCGUGUCCUGAGAACCCGCCGGGCCUCGUGGGGCGUCUGUUGAUCGAGUUCAGCUCCCAGAUGACGAUGGAACGAGUGCAGAAAGAAAACCCCAACGUGACGGAGGGAGGCCGCUACACGCCUCCCGACUGCCGGCCCAGAUGGAAGGUGGCCGUCAUCAUCCCGUUCCGUCACAGGGAGAACCACCUGAAGUACUGGCUGCACUACCUCCACCCCAUCCUCCGGCGGCAGAAGAUCGACUACGGCAUCUACAUCAUCAACCAGUUGGGUGAGGACACCUUCAACCGGGCCAAGCUGCUGAACGUCGGCUACACAGAGGCCCUGAAGGACGCCGAGUACGACUGCUUCAUCUUUAGCGACGUGGACCUGAUCCCUAUGGAUGAUCGCAACCUCUACCACUGCUACGACCAGCCCAGGCACUUCGCCAUCGCCAUGGACAAGUUUGGCUUCAGGCUGCCCUACGCGGGGUACUUCGGAGGAGUGUCGGGCCUCAGUAAAAAGCAGUUCCUGAAGAUCAACGGCUUCCCGAACGAGUACUGGGGCUGGGGAGGGGAGGACGACGACAUCUACAACAGGAUCACGCUGAACGGGAUGAAGGUGUCCAGGCCGGACGUUCGCAUCGGCCGCUACAGAAUGAUUAAGCACGAGAGAGACAAACACAACGAGCCCAACCCACAGAGGUUCAACAAAAUCCAGAACACAAAGAACACGAUGAAGAAGGACGGCAUCAGCUCUCUGACCUACAGGCUGGUGCAGGUCAAGAAGUAUCCUCUGUACACGAACAUCUCGGUGGAGAUCGGCAAGCCGCCGCCUCGGCCCAUUAAAGGCUAG